UUCUUGCUUGUCAAAAGCCCUAGGUCUCUAUAUAUACGUAUCUCUCUCCUCUCUUCUCUUCUAUUCUCUUCUCUAAACCCUAGAACCAUUCUCCUAAUCUCUGAUUUUGCGCUCGAAUCAUUAUCCAUACCUGAAUCUCCGGAUCCAAAUCCCUCAAGAAAAUGAAGGUUGUCGCUGCGUAUUUGCUUGCUGUGUUGGGAGGUAACACCAGCCCUUCCGCUGAUGAUUUGAAGCGCAUUCUCGGUUCUGUUGGAGCUGACGCUGAUGAAGAUAGGAUUCAGUUGCUAUUGUCUCAAGUUAAGGGAAAAGAUAUCACUGAACUAAUUGCAUCUGGAAGGGAGAAGUUGGCUUCAGUUCCGGCUGGUGGUGGUGUUGCAGUUGCUGCUGCCGCCACUGGAGGUGCUGCUGCUCCAGCUCCUGCUGCAGAGGCAAAGAAAGAGGAGAAAGUGGAAGAGAAUGACGGAACUGAUGAUGAGGAUUUGGGCCUCAGUCUUUUUGACUAAGGGAUGAUGGUUACCACUUUUGUGAAGCCGGCCUUUUCAACUUGCUAGCUUUUAGUUUAAUUUGUUUUUUGAUAUUAUUUUAGUUAGUUGGAGACUUGAAUUUUUUGUUUAGAUAACGAGUUUUGAGGCAAUGGAGAGUUCAUUUUCUUGAUUGAUUGACCCA